AGGCUCGAGGCACGUCUGUGACAUCAUUUCUGCGCGACCCUUAUUUUUUGGCCAGAGUUUUCCUGCUGCUCUUCAGAACUAUGCCUAAAGUAGUGUCCCGGUCGGUAGUCUGCUCCGACACCCGUGAUCGGGAGGAGUAUGACGACGGCGAGAAGCCCCUCCACGUCUACUACUGUUUGUGUGGCCAGAUGGUCCUGGUGCUGGACUGUCAGUUAGAGAAACUGCCCAUGAGGCCCCGGGAUCGGUCCCGGGUGAUCGAUGCUGCCAAACACGCCCACAAGUUUUGUAACACAGAAGACGAGGAGACUAUGUAUCUUCGGAGGGACACCAGUCAUAUUGGAUUAAGGGCACAUCCUACCCAUCUGCAUGACCUCAUCGUAACUAAUUAUAUCUGCAAGGACCCUCUUUCCAAGCCUGAAGGCAUUGAACGACAAUACCGGAAGAAGUGUGCCAAGUGUGGACUGCCACUCUUCUAUCAGUCCCAGCCGAAGAACGCUCCUGUGACCUUCAUCGUGGAUGGAGCAGUGGUCAAGUUUGGCCAGGGUUUUGGCAAAACAAAUAUCUAUACCCAGAAACAGGAGCCUCCUAAGAAGGUGAUGAUGACCAAACGGACGAAAGACAUGGGCAAGUUCAGCUCUGUCACGGUGUCUACGAUUGACGAAGAGGAAGAGGAGAUCGAGGCUAGAGAAGUCGCUGACUCGUACGCGCAGAAUGCCAAGGUCAUUGAAAAGCAGCUGGAGCGCAAAGGCAUGAGCAAAAGGCGGCUGCAGGAGCUGGCUGAACUGGAAGCCAAGAAAGCGAAAAUGAAGGGGACCUUGAUUGAUAACCAGUUCAAAUGAUCAGGACCUUUCUCUCAACCCACACUGGAGAUCACGAGGAAAAAGAACUUUUUCUUGACUGCAUGGACUGCUGUCUACCUUUUUGCCCCCGCAGAAGGCUUUCCAUUGCUUUCCAUUGAUUUCUCCUACCUUCAGUGAGGUCUUUGAGUCCAUCUGACCUGCUUUCUAGAGAUGGGGUUUUUUUUCCACCAAAUCUUUCUGUAUAUAGGCCCUCAGUACUAUUUUUGGUCCAUUUGAUAUAAACUUCUUCAGCUGUGUAGAAACUCUCUGAAUACAUCAGUGCUUGAGAGUCUCCAGUUUCUAAAGUAGCUGUUCUUAUACCUUCUUCAAAGUUAAUAAAAUGUUUAAAGAUUUUUGAAAAAGAUACUAUGAUGUGUCACAGAAGAAAGUGGCAUGAAUUAUAUUUAAAGCCAUAGCAAGUCAGACUCUUUGAAGUUGAAGUGACUCUCUUCUAUUCUUAGACUGGCAGGUAUCAGCUCUGGUUUGAAUCUCUCUGCUGUCGGAAGAAAAUCCAUAAAAAGCCAGAAUGUACGUAGAGCUUCCUUUACUUGAUGUUCAGAGAAACUUGCCCAGUCACAGACUCCAGAAACAGCACAGCCUUGCUUCCUGUACUUCAAAUAUUAAAGCCCUGGGUGAGUUCUUCCUUCUCAGACUUUGUACUUACGAAGGAACAGCCAGAUUAGAGUGGGCGGGGGCAGGGCAGCUCGGCUCCAAAUGGAAAUGGGGUCUCGGUAAGCAGCCUCAGCUAAUAACUGCCAUCCCUUCACGCAGCUGACAAGAGUAUGGGAGGGAGACGUAGAGGAAGAAACGAUACUGAGACAAAGGGGCCUGUCGGCCAUCGGGUAUUUCACAUUCGCUAUCCGUAGAGGAGUGUUGUAUAGUUAGACACUUAAUGCCCCGCUCUUUCGGUGGUGUCAGUACGUAGUGUUGUGUGCGUGGUUUUAUCUGUUCCCCGGUAUGACGAGCCGUCGGGGCAGGAAGGGCACUUUAACCUCGUUGCGUCGUCUGCCGUGGGUUCAGUCGCCCCAGACGUGUGUGUGAGGUGCUGUCGGGAAAUAAUAGGGCAUUUUUCUCUGCCUUUUUUUCCCCAGCUUCCUUAUUUGGAAGGAGAAGUAGGUUGGAGUAGGGGUGGACGGGAGUUAGCAAGAAGUGGGAGAAGGGGGCGGGGGUGGUGUCCCGGGGACAGCCCCGGGCGGGGCCGUGUUUCCAUCUUCCCAGUUAGCCUCCCGCACCCGGCGGGCUCUUUGCCUCUGAGGCGUCCCUCCCCACCUCAUUUCCUGUCCUCACCCUGAGAGGUGCUUAGACACCAUGCGGGUGGUCGGCUGUAACCUCCGCACAGUUCCUUGACUUCGCCUCCAAACGGUGACCUUUACCUUCACGCUAGCCACGAACCGCCAUGACCACAGCCCGGCGGUCCUGUCCCGCCACCUCUGAAAGCCAAGAUUCCCGAGAUCCCAUAGCCAUCAAGUGAUAAAGCCAGAAAUCUGACUGCAGAACUAGGCUGAACUGGCUCUCCUGGGGGACUUUUAAGAAAUAUAUUGUCGACAACAGAUAGCAGUUUCAUUUUGAGAAACCAAGUAAAAUGCGUUGUGAAGACACUUACGUGGGGGGCUCCCUGUAGGAAAUGUGUCGUUACCUUUCCACACAUUUUCCGAAAUACUCGUCCUUAGAUACUAGCCCUAAACCGUUGGAGCAUCUGGUUCAAAUUGUGCAUUUUGCUUCAUCUUUAAGACUGCCAAUCAUUAGGUCAUUAGCACUAGAUAAGCACGUGCCCUUUAGUGUUUUAUUCUCUCGUUCUGAAAUGCUUAUUUGCAUAGUUUCUCUAUUACCUUUAUUUUCUUGUAGAAUGUGAGCAGCAAAUACAGGGUUUUAGCGUUAGGAUAAAGAGCCAUGUGGAAAUUUUGGAGUCUUACUCUGUGCGUGUGUGUGUUUGCACAUUGUCAACUGUCAUAAAAUAGUAAAAUGUAAAAUGUUUAAUAGCUGUAAUAAUCGGUGACAUUUGGAAGUGUAAUUAUACUGCGUAAGAGAAGUUAAAAUGCUUUUUAAAAACUAGCUUGCCUCGACCAUGUGGGGAUCCUUAUCACCGGGGACCACCUCCUUUCCUUAAG